UCAGGACCUUGAUUUGUCAUCGGGGGCACGGUGUGAUUUUACCCACGAUACGAGUUCUGUCUUGCAGUCUCUUGCCUCAGGAAGGACUCGUCACCAUCGUGCUGGAUAUGUUGACAUUCACGUAAAGAUGGAUUUAGUUUUCGGUCUCUUGUGGCUACUCACUGUGUUUCUGGAAGGCAUUUAUUGCCAAGGAGUGUAUGCUCCCCCCACUGUGCGAAUUGUGCACUCCGGCCACGCGUGCAAUAUUGAGGAGGAACACUACAAGGAGAGGGUGUACACCAUCCGAGAGGGUGAAACUCUGGAGCUGGCCUGUUUGGUUACUGGCCACCCUCGUCCCCAGAUUCGAUGGACCAAGACAGCAGGCAGUGCCUCGGAUCGAUUCCAGGACUCCAGUGUCUUUAACGAGACACUGCGCAUUACCAAGAUCCAGCGCCACCAAGGUGGGCGCUAUUACUGCAAGGCGGAAAACGGCCUGGGCUCGCCAGCCAUCAAGUCCAUCCGGGUUGACGUAUAUUACCUGGAUGACCCUAUUGUGACAGUGCACCAGAGCAUUGGUGAGGCCAAGGAGCAGUUCUACUACGAACGGACUGUGUUCCUGCGAUGCGUGGCCAACUCCAAUCCUCCAGUCCACUAUAGCUGGCGCCGCGGGCGUGAAAUCCUCUCCCAGGGCUCCGACAAGGGCGUGGAGAUCUAUGAGCCUUUUUUCACACAGGGGGAGACAAAGAUCUUAAAGCUGAAGAACCUUCGACCUCAGGACUAUGCCAAUUACAGCUGCAUCGCCUCAGUCCGAAAUGUGUGUGGGAUCCCGGACAAGAACGUCCUCUUCAGGCUCACAAACAAGACAGCGUCUCCCAGCAUCAAGCUGCUGGGGGAGGACCCCAUCGUGGUGAACCCAGGCCAGACAGUGACACUGGUGUGCAUCACGUCAGGCGGCGAGCCCCCGCCCACCCUCACCUGGGUCCGCAACACAGAGGCGUUGCCGGAGAAAAGCGUCCUCAACGGUGGCACCCUCACCCUACCUGCCGUCACCUCGGAGGAUGCUGGGGUCUACAGCUGCGUGGCCAACAACAAUGUGGGCAACCCUGCCAAGAAGUCUACCACCAUUGUGGUCAGAGCGCUGAAGAAGGGCAGAUUCUGGAUCACCCCGGACCCUUACCAUAAUGAUGACAACAUCCAGAUUGGGCGAGAGGUCAAGAUAUCCUGCCAGGUGGAGGCCACGCCCCCCGAAGAGCUGGUGUUCAGCUGGCUGAAGAACGGCCGCUCCCUCCGCAGCUCCGAGCGCAUGGUCAUCACUCAGACUGACCCCGAUGUCUCCCCAGGCACCACCAACCUGGACAUCAUUGACCUCAAGUUCACCGACUUCGGCACAUACACCUGCAUGGCCUCCCUCAAGGGUGGGGGCAUCCCAGAGAUCAGCAUCGACGUCAACAUCUCCUCCACUACUGUUCCCCCUAACCUGACAGUCCCACGAGGGAAGUCCCCCCUCGUGACCCAGGAGAGCGACACGGUGGAGCUUCAGUGCCUUGUUUCAGGGAAGCCCAAGCCCAUCAUCCUGUGGUCCCGUGCUGACAAGGAGGCGCCAAUGCCGGACGGCAACAUGCAGACAGAGAGCUACGAUGGCAUCCUGCGCAUUGUCAACGUCUCACGGGAGAUGACCGGCUCCUACCGCUGCCAGACCAGCCAGUACAACGGCUUCAACGUCAAGCCACGCGAGGCCAUUGUGGAGCUCAUCGUACAGUAUCCACCCACCGUGGAGCCAGUGUUCACCGAAAUCCGGCAGGGAAUCAGUCGCACCUUCUCCAUGAGCUGCAGGGUCCUGCGGGCCCACCCGUCUCGGGUCCUAAAGUAUGAGUGGCGGCUGGGCUCCCGGUUGCUGCAUGCAGGGCAGUUCGACUCGCAGGAUGAGACAGAGUACAGCGUGAGGAACUUGAACCGCGAGGGCUACGGGGAGUACACCUGUGACAUCAUCAAUGAGGCUGGGGCGGGCCGCUGCAGCUUCCUCGUCACAGGAAAGGCCUACCCUCCAGAGUUCUACUAUGAUACCUACAGCCCAUUGUGGCAGAACCGGCUCCGGGUGUAUGCCUACAAGCUGCAGUGGACCCAGAUGAACCCCAAUGCUGUGGAUCGCAUUAUGGCAUAUCGCCUUGGGAUACGGCAGACAGGGCAGCAGAGGUGGUGGGAGCAGGAGAUACCCAUCCAUGGGAUGAUCCAAAAAGGGGAACUGAUCACCUACAACCUGACUGAGCUCAUCAAGCCUGAGGCCUACGAGGUCCGCCUCACCCCCAUCACCCGCUUUGGAGAGGGGGACUCCACCAUCAGGAUCGUCAAGUACAGUGGGGUCAGAAGAGAUGCAGCUCCAAUCAACCCACAUCUGAGGGAAUUCCACUGCAGCUUCGAGGAGGAGCCCAUCUGCAUGUUCACCCAGGAGAAGAGUGACGACUUUGACUGGACCCGGCACAGCGCCGCCACCAGGGACACCAAGUACACACCCAACACUGGGCCCAGCAGCGACCGGACCGGAUCCAAGCAAGGUUUCUACAUGUACAUUGAGACGUCAAGACCACGACUGGAGGGAGAGAAGGCACGACUGCUAAGCCCCACCUUCAAUGUGGCCCCUAAAAACCCAUAUGGGAGCACCAACUCUGUCUAUUGCUUCAGCUUCUAUUACCACAUGUAUGGGAAACACAUAGGGACUCUGAAUGCCUAUCUGCGACUGAAGGGACAGACCACAUCAGACAGUCCAAUAUGGACACUAAGUGGAAAUCAAGGUGACCGCUGGAGGCAAGCCAAAGUCAACAUCCACCCAACAUCAGCUUUCCAGAUGGUGUUAGAAGGUAUUCGUGGCCCAGGAAUUGAAGGUGACAUCGCCAUAGAUGAUGUCACCAUUGAGGAGGGAGAGUGCGGAGACCCUCCACCCAAUAAUCGGAGAUCCUCAGCUGCACCCACCGCAUCACCUAUAUGGCAGUUAUGUGUCACCCUGCUACUGGCUCGUUUCAUCCAUUGGAGGUGACCUUGCAGUGGCAGAGGCUAAAGGAGGAUUGACAUGGCACCUGUACCAAGAAGGAGUCUGCGUACUUGGACCUUCAAUAUAUAAUUACCAAAGAUUCAUCCAGUCAAACUGCUGAGGGGAGAUGCAGCACACCUAGGGCUCAGCUGGGAGCAAAAAUAUAUAUAUAUAUAAAAACAUGACUAAAAAAAAAACAAUGAUAAAAAAUAACCAGUAAUAAAGAUAAUGAAGAUUCUAUUAUUUUUAAAGAAAUAUAUGCAUAGAAUGUUCCCGAGGCCAGGAGGAACGUUGUUUGACUCUGUAGACAGUCAAUUCGGUUCGGGUGCCACUUGGGCAAUCCUGGAUCACCGUAGAGACAGGCUCGGGGAGCUGAAUGGAAGAAUCUUUGUAAAGCACAAGGACAUGGCUGAGGUUUGUUCCAUAAAAAUUCUGGAAUUCUGGUCUGUUCUCUGUGGGGGGUUGUCUUGCCCUUUGUUGUUUAUUCUUUUUUUUGACCAAGGAAAUUGACUGUGUGAAAGCAAAUACGGGCGAAAGACUUAGUCUGGCUGAAAGGUUUGGUUGAGGAACAUUAAUAACCCCACCACCCCUGUACCCUGCCCAUGACAGCAUGAUCACGUGACAAACACUCGCACCUUUGUUGGUUCGUUUCCCACCAGUAACUCCCACAUCUCCAGGCAUACAAUUUUUUUGUUAUUUUUCCAUCCUUUUCUUGCAAAGAGCAACACUGAAGCCCUUUCAUCAACCAGACCUUUCACUCCAGUACAGCCACAUAUAAAAUUGAGAGAGAAAUCCUCGCAUUGAUCUUUUAUCCUGGGGUAAGCUCCUGUCCAUCGUUCCACAGCACUGUGCCCACUCAUCAUUGUGGUGGUCUAGGAGAAGGCUGCUUGUGCAGUGGGGGAAAGGUGGUUAUCCUCUUCUACAUCCUAUUUCAGCAACUUGUCAACCUGAGGAACUGGAGCCACUUUCUGCCAUGAAACCAAGUGCCUUCAGAUUUCAAUUAAGAUCAUAACCCUGAAAGAUUAACGCAUUCAAUGAUGUUUCCAGCACUACUGGUGGGCUGUUUGCUACAUAACCCUCAGCUCAUAAGCAUGGUUUUUGGGCAAAUAAUACAGGAAUUCAUGGCUAACUAUACAUCAGAUGCUAAGCAAUGUUUACGGAUGACCCAGCUUCUGAAAACAGGAAAGCUCAGACACAGGCUUCUUGGUACUGAUACAGGCAGUUACCUCCCUCAGCACAGCCAUGGUCUUUGAAUGUGCGACAGACACCAUUCCCACCCUCAAGCAGGAUGGAGAAAUUCAGGUGCUGGGAGCAAGUACGUGAGGGCAGAGCUUUUGCACAGGUAUGGAGCAGAGACACUGGGAUUGGACCUGCAGCAUCCCUGGGAAGAUGGGCCAGCAGGACAUUAGCAAUCUCUCCUGAUCAGCUGCCCCUGCUCCACAAGGAUAGCCCUCCACGACGCUUCAGGAGGGCCCUAGCCGUGCUAGGAAAGAAACUUUUUUUCACUGCAGUGUAAAAGGACUAUAGUGCAAUGAAGGCCUCAGCAUCAGAACCUUUAUAGAGAGUGUGACUGAGGACUGCCAUCACACUGAUGAAGUAUAGGUUCCCUGCCUCUGCCCUGGGUUUCCAGCUGUGUGGAUUCUGACAAAAAAAAAAUAUUUUAUUACUCUAGCGAGUGUAGCUCUGCUUUUACACAAACUGUAAUGAAUGACUUUGGAACUACCUGAGACCAUUCAAUACCUUAACCAGCUGGUUUUUGAAAAAAAAAAGAAAAAAAAAAAGUAUUGUAAAAUCUCCCUUACACUGUUGGUUAUGACAGCAGCUGAAGACUCGUUUUAUUUUUUUUCACCUUUCUCCACCGUUUUGUCCUGCCUAAACGAUCUGACCAUUUAACUUCAUGUAACAGACAUGUUUUUUUUUAUUAUUGUUUCUUUCAGGAAUAUAGCUUUUUUUCCUUUUCUUGA